AUGUCCUCCACCGCCCCGACAACGAAGCCCAAGGCGGGCACCGGCACCGUCGCCCAGACCUACCUCCUCUCGUACAAUGCGGCUUCGGCGCUGCUGUGGACGGCCGUGCUGGGCCGCGUCGUGCUGCUGGUGCCCAUGGUCGGCCUGACCAACGUCUUCGGCGGCGUUGACGACUUCGUGCGCUGGGUACAAACGCUGGCGCUGGCCGAGGUGGGGCACGCGGCUUUUGGUAUCGUCCGCGCGCCUCUCCUCACCACCCUCAUGCAGGUGGCCUCGCGCCUCCUCCUGGUGUGGGGCAUCGCCUAUCCCUUCCCCGAGUCGACCGCGCACUCGCCCGCCUUCGCCGGCAUGCUGAUCGCCUGGUCCGUCACCGAGGUCAUCCGCUACGGCUACUUUGUCUUCCUGCUGGGCAGCGGCAAGGUCCCGGCCGUCCUGAGUUGGCUGCGGUACAACACCUUCUACGUGCUCUACCCGCUCGGCAUCUCUUGCGAAUGCUGGCUGGUCUUCAAAGCCACCGGCCCCGCCGCCGAACUGAACCCGCUCAUCGCCUACGGCUUGUGGGCUGUGCUGGCUAUCUACGUGCCUGGCUCGUACAUCCUCUACUCGCAUAUGAUGGCCCAAAGGCGCAGAGUCAUGCGCGGAAAGAAGAGGGCCGAUUAG